CGAGAGACCCAGCCGCACGGGCCCCGGCCUGGGCAGCCAGCGACGUGGGAAAGAGAGAACUGCGGCCCCACCAAGCCGAAGCCCCAAGCCAGGGCCACGAGGAAGAAACUUCGUUCACCCGCCCCUACUUUUUAAAGGAGGAGGCUGUAAGAAAUACCGAGUAAUCUAUGCCAGCAAUUAUGACAAUGUUAGCAGACCAUGCAGCUCGUCAGCUGCUGGAUUUUAACCAGAAACUGGAUAUCAAUCUCUUGGACAAUGUGGUGAACUGCUUAUACCAUGGAGAAGGCGCACAGCAAAGAAUGGCACAAGAAGUCUUGACGCACUUAAAAGAACAUCCUGAUGCGUGGACAAGAGUUGAUACUAUUUUGGAGUUUUCUCAGAACAUGAAUACCAAAUAUUAUGGACUGCAAAUCUUGGAAAAUGUGAUAAAAACAAGAUGGAAGAUUCUUCCAAGGAACCAGUGUGAAGGUAUUAAAAAAUACGUUGUUGGCCUAAUUAUCAAGACCUCAUCUGAUCCAACAUGUGUAGAAAAAGAGAAAGUAUAUAUUGGGAAACUGAAUAUGAUUCUUGUUCAGAUACUGAAACAGGAAUGGCCGAAGCACUGGCCGACUUUUAUAAGCGAUAUCGUGGGAGCAAGCAGGACUAGUGAAAGCCUUUGUCAGAACAAUAUGGUGAUCCUUAAACUAUUGAGUGAAGAAGUCUUUGAUUUUUCCAGUGGGCAGAUAACUCAAGUGAAAGCUAAGCACUUGAAAGACAGCAUGUGCAAUGAGUUUUCUCAGAUAUUUCAACUGUGCCAGUUUGUGAUGGAAAACUCCCAGAAUGCUCCCUUAGUUCAUGCAACUCUGGAAACUUUGCUACGAUUUCUGAACUGGAUUCCUCUGGGAUACAUAUUUGAGACCAAGUUAAUCAGCACGCUAAUAUACAAGUUCUUAAAUGUUCCCAUGUUUCGAAAUGUCUCUUUGAAGUGCCUCACAGAGAUUGCAGGUGUCAGUGUAAGUCAAUAUGAGGAACAGUUUGUAACACUUUUUACACUGACCAUGAUGCAGUUAAAACAGAUGCUUCCUUUAAAUACCAAUAUCCGACUUGCAUACUCCAAUGGAAAAGAUGAUGAACAGAACUUCAUUCAGAAUCUCAGUUUGUUUCUCUGCACGUUCCUCAAGGAACAUGGUCAACUAAUAGAAAAAAGAUUAAAUCUGAGGGAAACAUUAAUGGAGGCUCUUCAUUAUAUGUUAUUAGUGUCAGAAGUUGAAGAAACAGAAAUUUUCAAGAUUUGUCUUGAAUAUUGGAAUCAUUUAGCUGCUGAGCUCUACAGGGAAAGUCCUUUUUCAACAUCUGCUUCUCCAUUGCUUUCACCAAGUCAACACUUCGAUGUUCCUCCAAGGAGACAGCUUUAUUUGCCUGUAUUGUCCAAGGUUCGAUUGCUAAUGGUUAGCCGUAUGGCUAAACCUGAAGAAGUCCUAGUUGUGGAAAAUGAUCAGGGGGAAGUAGUACGAGAAUUCAUGAAGGAUACAGAUUCCAUAAACUUGUAUAAGAAUAUGAGAGAAACACUGGUUUAUCUUACACAUCUGGAUUAUGCAGACACAGAAAGAAUCAUGACUGAAAAGCUUCAUAAUCAAGUGAAUGGAACAGAGUGGUCAUGGAAAAAUUUGAAUACCCUGUGUUGGGCUAUUGGCUCAAUCAGCGGUGCAAUGCAUGAAGAAGAUGAGAAAAGAUUCCUUGUUACAGUAAUUAAGGAUCUCCUGGGACUCUGUGAACAAAAGCGAGGAAAAGACAAUAAAGCCAUUAUUGCCUCAAAUAUAAUGUAUAUAGUGGGUCAAUACCCACGGUUUUUGAGAGCUCACUGGAAAUUUUUGAAGACAGUAGUCAACAAGCUGUUUGAAUUUAUGCAUGAAACCCACGAUGGCGUCCAGGAUAUGGCUUGUGAUACCUUCAUUAAAAUAGCACAAAAAUGCCGCAGACAUUUUGUUCAGGUUCAAGUGGGAGAGGUCAUGCCAUUUAUUGAUGAAAUUUUGAACAAUAUUAAUACAAUCAUCUGUGACCUUCAGCCACAGCAGGUGCACACUUUCUAUGAAGCAGUAGGAUACAUGAUUGGGGCACAGACAGACCAGACUGUGCAGGAGCAUCUCAUAGAAAAAUACAUGUUACUACCUAAUCAAGUAUGGGACAGCAUAAUUCAACAGGCAACAAAAAAUGUUGAUAUUCUAAAGGAUCCUGAAACAGUUAAGCAGCUUGGUAGCAUUCUAAAAACAAAUGUAAGAGCAUGUAAAGCAGUUGGCCACCCCUUUGUGAUUCAGCUUGGAAGAAUUUAUCUGGAUAUGCUGAAUGUGUACAAGUGCCUAAGUGAAAAUAUUUCUGCAGCUAUUCAGGCUAAUGGUGAAAUGGUAACAAAGCAGCCCUUGAUUAGAAGUAUGAGGACUGUAAAAAGGGAAACAUUAAAACUAAUUUCUGGCUGGGUGAGCAGGUCCAAUGAUCCUCAGAUGGUAGCUGAAAAUUUUGUUCCUCCCUUGUUGGAUGCAGUUCUUAUUGACUACCAGCGAAAUGUUCCAGCUGCUAGAGAACCUGAAGUACUUAGUACUAUGGCUAUCAUUGUAAACAAGCUGGGUGGACACAUUACUGCUGAAAUACCUCAGAUAUUUGAUGCUGUUUUUGAGUGCACAUUAAAUAUGAUCAACAAGGACUUUGAAGAAUAUCCUGAACAUAGAACAAACUUCUUCUUGCUACUCCAGGCUGUAAAUUCAAAUUGCUUCCCAGCUUUCCUGGCCAUUCCACCUGCACAGUUCAAACUCGUUCUGGAUUCUAUUAUUUGGGCUUUCAAACAUACAAUGAGAAAUGUUGCCGAUACAGGACUUCAGAUACUUUAUACUCUACUACAGAAUGUUGCACAAAAAGAGACUGCUGCCCAGAGUUUCUAUCAGACGUAUUUCUGUGAUAUUCUUCAGCACAUUUUCUCAGUUGUUACAGACACCUCACACACUGCUGGUUUAACAAUGCAUGCGUCCAUCCUUGCAUACAUGUUCAACUUAGUAGAGGAGGGGAAAAUAAGUACUCCAUUAAACCCUGGAAAUCCAGUGAACAACCAGAUGUUUAUUCAGGAGUAUGUUGCUAAUCUUCUCAAAUCUGCGUUUCCUCACCUGCAAGAUGCCCAGGUUAAGCUGUUUGUAACAGGACUCUUCAGUUUAAACCAGGAUAUUCCUGCCUUCAAGGAACACCUAAGGGAUUUCCUAGUCCAAAUCAAGGAAUUUGCAGGUGAAGACACAUCAGACUUAUUCUUGGAGGAAAGAGAAACAGCCCUUCGGCAGGCUCAAGAGGAGAAGCAUAAACUUCAGAUGUCUGUACCUGGCAUUCUUAAUCCACAUGAGAUUCCUGAGGACAUGUGUGAUUGAAAAAAUAAAAUAAAACAAGUUUUGCAGUUUUCUUUCUGUACAGCUACUUUGUUGUGAUAGAAGAGAACAGCACUUGGAUAUUUGUUGACCAAAAUGAUGCCAAUUUGUAAAUUAAAAUGUCACAUAGUGGCCCUUUUUCUUAU